AGUUUAUCUGUUUUGUUUUAAGUGAAAUCUCAAAUCUCAACAGGACCAUUCAGUUAUUUAAAGUUAGCAAAAUACUGUAGUCAGAGAGAAGCUUUCCUAUGUUCCUCAUCUGUCCUUAUAUUUGUAUAGUAAAGGUUUUUUGUGGCUGUUCAAUUUCAGGGAAAGAGGGAAGACAUAAGAGAGGCUCUAUUUCUCUGUGAAUGAGUAAAAAACCAGGCAUGAAGAGAACACUGAAGUGAAAACUAUCCAGAAAGGGACAACAGGAAAUCCACCAUUCUCUUGGGAUCUCAUUUUGGAGAGAAAGAAAGAGAAAACUAAAUGUUGGUCCCUAAAUUGACUUAGAUUGCUGGCAACGGCACAUCAAGAAAAAUCUAAGAGAAACUCUCCCUUUCUCAGCAGUGGCCCCAACUUGCAAGAAAUUCUUUCUUAAACAAAGACUUGUCACAUCCUCCCUUUGCUGGAAAAAAGACUUGUCUUGAGCUUUUUAUAUUGAGGAAAUGUGUGUGCUGGUAGAAGCAGCAGCAGAGUUUCUGUUGGUUCUGAGUGUGGUGUGGCGUUCCAAUGCCCUCUGUUCACCCACUGUGUUUUACAAGAAUUGUUGGAUCCGACGCUUUCCAGGUUUCCUAAUUGACCUGGAGGAGUCUCAGAAGUUUGGAGCUCGGUUCCUAAAAUAUUACUCAGAAAGCACUGGCCAGAAGUGUGGAAGGAACUGUUGCCUUAUGAAAGAUGCUCCCUGCAAUCUGGCUAUUUUCUUCCAUGAUCCCAUCCAUGACAAUGUCAACUGCCUUCAUGUUUACUGCCCAACCUUGGAGAGUUGCAUCUUACAGCCUAAGCAUAGUGCCAUCCUGUACAACAUCACAGAAGGUAUUGAUCCAGAUUUGCUUGUUUUUCAAAAAUCUUCUACCAAAGAUUUAAAUACACGGUCUUCAUUUAAUAGAUGGAAUGGGCUAAACAACACAAAGACCAUGAACUUAGAGAAACACUCUAUCUUGGUAAGUCCCAUGUUACUGUCAGUAGAUGCUCCAACUUCAACCAUAUCAACAUAUCAAGAUAUGGUCAUAAAUACCAGCAAUAUCAGUUUCUCCAAUGCCAUAACCACAGAUUCUUGGACAACAUCCAUUCCACUGAAUGACUUAGUUACGACAGAGAUAAAUAUGGCUUCGCCCAGUCCUGAUCUCCUCAAUAAUCCAAGUAACAGAACAAUUUUUCCUGCAUUUAAACCUAGAGAAACAAAAGUACUUUCACAUAUGCCUAUUCCAGAACAUCUUAACAGUAGCAAACAGCUGUUGAAUGAAACCAAAUGGGACAACAGUAAGUACUGCACUUCAGAAAAUGAAGAACAGAGGCCAGUUGAAGAAUCUAUGGCUUCAAACACAUGGUUGGUACCUGUAGCACUCUGUAUAUCCAUCAUCCUGCUUUGCUCUUAUCUGGUCUUCCUUGUAUCAGGAUGCUGCCCAAAAUGACAAGGACAUUAUAAGCCAACACACAAUGAAACAUACCACUGAAAAGGGAAGAUUGUGACAACACUUAAUGGUGCAAAGAUGAUGAAAAACUUUUAAAGUUUACUUCAUUGUCAGUAUUGGUAAGAUAUUAUAAGGAAUAGUAGAAAGAAGAUUGGAUUUGGAAUCAGUAAGAAUUGAGUUUGACUCUUCUUCAGACAUUUGUUAGAUAUUUGACUGAGGGCAAAUAAUUUAUUCUCUCCCAAUGUCAGUUUCCUUAUCUGUAAAAUGAGGUGAUUGGAUUCAGUGAACUCAAAGGUCCUUUCUAGCUCUAAAUUUCUGAUCCAGUUAUCAUAUUUAUUAAUUUAUUAGUCAUCAUACUAAUUGUUUUUUUUUCUCACCACACAUGAUUUCAUUAUAAGGAACACCCAAUACAGAUAGGUACCCUGUGAGAUACUCUUUUAGUUAUACUUUUUUGAUAAAACAAAAAGAUCAAUGCCUUAAAUAUUCUAUUAAAAUUUUAAAAAUUAAAAAUCCAUGCUUUACCAACAAGCAGGGGAGAGAGAGGGAGGAAAAGCUCAUAAAAUGAUUGGGUUUAUAUCUCCAUCAAGGUAAAAUUACCUAGUGUUCCCCUGGUAUGCUUUUCUCUGGGUCUAGAAUGCCAGUCCCUUAAUCUUCCUCCCUCAAGCUACAACUGUUGAAAUCCUACUCUUUUUUUAAAGCUAGCUCAGACUUUCCUUUCUCAAAUAUACUGUGAUAAUUUACAGAAAUCUGUCUUAUGCAUUUAUCAUAUAAUUUUUGUAUUGUAGUUAUUUUGUACAUGGAUUAUACCUCCCUGUAUAUACCUCUAAGACUGUAAGAUACAUGAAGGCAGAGAAUAUAUCUCAAACUUUUUAUCUAACCUGAGGUCUAUCCUUUAGGAGAACAUGAAUAAAGGUUUUUUAAAUUGAAUUGUUGAGAUAAAACCUUAAUUCUGUCUUCAAAUCUGUUACCUCCCCCUCAGAUUACUGAUUGCCAAUUUACCUAAAAUCCCAGGUCUUCAGACAUCUCUGGCCACUCCGACACAGAGAUGUGGUUCAAUGUUCAACACAAUGGCCCAGACACAAUGGCUUGCGAGCUCAAGACUUUAUUCUAAGUGAUCACAUCCUACGCUACUCCUGUACACACCUGCAUUCUUCCUGCACUCCUAUUGAAUUCCUGCUGAACUCCUAUUGAAUUUCCCCUAA